AUGAAAAUCGUAUUAGUAGGAGACACACAAGUAGGAAAGACAUGCCUUGUUAAAAGGCUUACAUCCGGCACUUAUACAGAUAAUAAUCCAGCAACAAUAGGAGCUGCAUUUCAAAACUGCAUAAUUCAAACUGAACAUGGCAAUGUUUCACUUCAAAUAUGGGAUACAGCAGGCCAGGAGAAGUUUAGAGCGUUAGCACCAAUGUACUAUAGAUCUGCUUCUGUUGCAAUUCUCUGUUUUGAUUUGACAAACCCAACUUCAUUCAACGGAUUAGAACAAUGGGCGAUGGAACUUACAGAAAAAGCAUCAUACACACUAAAAUUAGUUGUAGUUGGAAACAAAAAAGACUUAAUCGAUGAAAGAAAAGUUGCAUUUGAAGCAGCCAACGAUUUUGCCAUGAAACACGGAGCUAUAUUUUACACUGAAACAUCUGCCAAAACAGGUGAAAGUAUCUCAGAGCUAUUUUAUAAAAUUGCAUCACAUGGCCAGAUAGAAUCUGUAUACAGUCCUCCACCAUUGGAACCUGCAAAGCCUAAAGAAUCUGGAGGAUGCUGCUAA